AUCUCCCUCUCUAAUCUUCAGUAAUGGAACCACAAACCCAGCAACCAACCGAGGAUGGAGGAAGCAACAAAGCAGUCGGGAGCAGUGCUAACAUGCAUUGCAGGCGGAGCAGUACCAGGUGGGCUCCUACUACAGAUCAGAUAAGAAUCCUCAAGGAGUUUUAUGACAAUGGAGGUAAGAACCCAACUCCAGAGCAGAUUCAGAGGAUCACUCUCCAGCUGAAACGGUACGGACAGGUUGAGAACAAGAACGUCUUUUAUUGGUUCCAGAACCACAAGUCUCGGGAGAGGCAGAAGAAGAAGUUAACUUCGGAUGUUCAUGUGCCCAUGCAAAGAUCUGGGCUUGUUGAUGGAUCCAUUAAUCUCAAUUUUGGGUCAACUUGUUCUGCUGGUGUUGGUGGAUCCAUCAUGGAACAACGAGGAGAAGAUCACCAGGAGAUUGAAACCCUUUCACUGUUCCCCAUGCAUGGUGAGGACAUUGGCAACAAGAAGACUACUUCCGAGGGAGGUAGCAGCUAUGAUGACUACUCAGGUGGCGGCUACAACGGUGGCUCUCGCAUUUUCCUUGAGCUCAGCCUCAACUCCUCCGGAUCUGCUGACUUGGCUUAGUUACAAUUUUAUUUUAUUUUAUUUUGUAAAUAUAUAUAUAUAAAUAUUUUUUUUUUUUAAG